AGAAGGUACGUUUAUAUUCUUGCUGAGUAGAUCUUUCAAAGACCUAUAGAAUAGAUUAUAUAUACCAUAUAUUCUCUAGUCUCCAGCUGUAGCUACAUCAGGCUCAACUCAGUAUGCAAUACAGAACAGCGAUGAUGUACACUGAAAUAAGCUGCUUUGUAAUGUGUGUUUGUGGAUGGAUCUUGGUUUGUUCCACCAUGCCAACGGAGUACUGGACUUACUCAGAAGUAAAUAGUUUAGUUCUCACGUCUUCUCACUAUUUCUCAAACCUCUGGAAAGAUUGUCUGACUGACUCCACUGGUGUUUCUGACUGCAAAGACUUUCCCUCUUUGCUGGCUUUGCAGACCUACAUUCAUUUGUGCCGAUCUUUGAUCAUCAUUUCCAUCAUUCUGGGAUUCUUCGGAGCCGUUCUGGCUUUGGUCGGAAUGAAGUGCACAAAACUUGGUGGAUCUGAAAUUGUGAAUGCAAGAAUCACAUUUACAGCCGGAAUCAAUUACAGUUUAUCAGGUCUCUGUGCUAUGUUUGCUUACAGCUGGUAUGGCAACAAAGUUAUAUACGAGUUUAUGGAUCCCAAUUACAAAGCUAAAAAGUAUGAGCUUGGAACGGCAUUGUUUAUAGGAUGGGGCGGCUCGGCGCUGCUCAUUGUUGGAGGACUCACUUACAGCAUCUUUGCCGGGAAGGAGGGCUGCCAGUCCAGCUCAAAGACCCAUGAGAACUCUCCUCUCUCUAAACGAAAUAAAAAAACAGACACUCCACCAUCUCCCAUCCCUGACAGAGCAAAUGGGAAACAGUAUUCCAGCAAACCUUCCAAAGGGUUUCACAGUAUGGAAGCAUAUGUCUGAUGUGUUCCGUUUGAAUAGAGUUUUUAUAAUCUCAGAGCUUUCACAUGUUGAUCUGAUCAAGUACAAUAGUGGUAGUGCAAAGGAUAAUGUAUAUCUUGGUGUUACUCUAUAAUUUUAAGUUUAAGCAAUUGCACAAUUUUAAAAGGCAUUUGAUAUUGGAUUUUAUGCAUUAAUACUCCUGUUUAGAAAGUAAAUAUGCAUAUAUGAGAUUAAAUAAAAUGCCUCUAAAUAAAAGAUUGAUUUGUGGUACUGUUGGGGUGAUGAGUGGUGUAGUGAAUAAAGUACCACUUGCACCACUGAAAUGUAUUGGAAAAAUAAAUAUUUGCUGUGUCCGACAUCGUACAUACUGUGGGUUACUUCUCAGCCAAUGUAAAAAUAUAUUCUUUAGGUAUGCAGGCAAGUAGUAUUAAUACAUUCUGGACAUACUUCAUCCUAAACAUGGGCACUGUCACGAUCAAAUAGAGCAAGGCAGGACCCAAAUGUAGUGAGGCAGGGAUAAGGGCUUUAUUUAGCUUUUAAUGCAUGCAUUGUACACCUACACACACACACAGCGGUUGCGUGCGUCUCUCUCGAGCUGGUGUCCCCGGCUCCUCUUUAUCCCUCUCCCACUGAUUGGGUGGGUUCAGCACCGCCACGCCCUCCUUGUCACACCAAAAUACAUCAAAAACCUCUUACUGUGGAAGGGAAGAUGAACAUAAACUGAGAAAAAAUGAAACGAAAAAACCAAUUGGAUACACAGCACAAAUAACAACAAAAAUGUUGACGAAGGACUCAGACACGAGGAGAACUUGUAUAGGGGAAAACAUAACGAGAGACAGGUGACACGCUGAUGAGCUGAUGGGAGUAAUUGCGAUGUCAUGGCAACAGGGCUAGCAUUCAGCAUGUGGCACCUGCAAACACAAGAGGAAGAGCAACACACAGGGAAACAAGCAGACAUGACACACAGAUGAGACCGACAGACAGACAGUCAGGGGAUGCAAAGUCAGACCCCACUGUGACCUGAAAAUAUGACAAAUGAAAAUAAUCUACUCUAGUUUUUUAUAUAACCAUAUACCGUAUAUAUUAGGGCUGUUGAUUUAACACGUUAAUUCAGUGCGAAUAAUUUUACCAAAAAUAACACGUUAAAACAAUUAACGCAAUUAAUUGCACUUCCCCCGGACCAUAAUAAGGAAGAGUCCUGAGAAAUGCAAGCCUGUAGUACCACCUGUUUACUCCAGAGGGCAGUAAGUUAAAUUUCAGCUGUAUGAGCAACGCGCAGUUCAUACAGUGAACAAAACAACCCUUCAGUAGGCAGAACAACACAGACAUGCGUUACCAUUCUUGCGUUCAAAACACUUGAAGGAGCGCAAAUGCGAACUAAGGGAUCUUAAGAUGUGUUUAAAGAUUGAGUAUUAAACUAUAUUUAACUUGACACAGUGACCUAAACAUUUUAUAUUUAUGACGCAACACACCCAUGACACUACACAGGCAUAUCUGACGCAGGGUGUGGCUGGAUUGAGAUGGGGCAAAAUUUGGAAAUUACCCAUAAAUAUUUAAUCACGAAUAAAAUCAAAAGGAAUUUCCUUCAAACUUAUUUAUAAGUACUAGCUCACUAAUUAUUUUCUUGUAGAGAGAUUUAAUUGUGAUGUCGAUAUAUUCUGUACAUUUUGUGGUCUGCGGGCGGAAUUUUUUUUUCAUUUAUUUUGGAGUUGCCCCUACUUGACUUGCUUUUGUCUGAUUUCUGCAAGAUUGUUAGAGAUCAUAUUAUUCCCAGCUUUCAACUUUGUUUUGAAAAUAUUUUAUUAGUUUUAUUUUUUAGCUAUGACUUUUCUCUUCAUGAGGAAUAUUAUGCUUUUGUUGACAAAAUAUAAUAUUCAUAAAUGUAAGUAUGGUGGUUAUAAACCAUUAGUUUAAUUCAGAGGUUCAGCAAUACCUAAGAACAAUUUCCAAUU